CCCGUGGCGCAGCGCCGGGCCGGGCAGCGGGUCCCUUGGCCGGAGCGGCCGGCGGUUCAUCUGAAACUGGACGAAAGAAGAGAAUGGAUAUGGGUAACCAACACCCAUCCAUAAAACGGUUGCAUGAAAUACAGAAAGAAGUCAAAGAGAUUGAACAGCAAGUGGUUGUCUUCAGUGGUCUGUCUACUGAUCGAGAUUACAAGAAAUUAGAAAGGAGUCUUACUAAACAGCUUUUUGAAAUCGAUUCUGUAGACACCGAAGGAAAGGGGGAUAUUCAGCAAGCCAGAAAGCGAGCUGCUCAGGAAACAGAGAGGCUGCUUAAGGAACUGGAACAAAAUGCAAACCAUCCACGCAGACUGGAAAUAGAGGCUAUAUUCAAGGAGGCACAGUCACUUGUGGAACGCGAGAUUACACCUUUUUACAAAGGAGGUAACUGUAUAAGUGAUGAAUUUGAAGAAGGUAUUCAGGACAUUGUAUUGAGGCUUACCCAGGUGAAAACUGGAGGGAAAGUUUCUUUACGCAAAGCAAGAUAUCGCACUCUGACAAAAGUAUGUGCUGUUCAGGAGAUUAUAGAAAGCUGUGUAAAGCAACAGCUGUCCCUGCCACUCUCUAAUGAUGCACAUCCUUCUGUCUCCAAAAUUAACUCUGUAAUGUGUGAUGUGAACAAAGCCAGAGGAACUCUUAUUGCGCUUCUAAUGGGAGUGAGUAGUAAUGAUACCUGCAGGCAUCUAUCCUGUGUGCUUACAGGCCUCAUUGCUGAUUUGGAUGCUUUAGAUGUCUGUGGUCGCACGGAAAUAAGAAAUUACAGAAAGGAAGUAGUGGAAGAGAUCAAUAAAUUGCAGAAAUACCUGGACUUGGAAGAAGAAGCAAAUUCUACUCACGCUUAUGAUUUGGCACAAAAUCAGUCCAUUCUAAAAAUAGAAGAGAUCCGCAAGAAAAUGAAGGAAGUUAAUUCUUUACUUUUAAAAACAGAGAAUGCUUCUGAUUUGUAUUUGGGAUCCAAAGCAGAAUUGCAGGGAUUAAUUGCGCACUUAGAUGAGGUGAGUCCAGGAAAAAACCCCUGUAUUAGAGAAGCCAGGAGAAGAGCAGUAAUAGAAGUUCAAACUCUCAUAACAUACAUUGAUUUGAAGGAAGCACUUGAAAAAAGGCAAAUGUAUUCAGAGCAAACUGCUGCCGAACAUCAGUCUCAUAAAGCAGUUUGGACUGUUCUUGGAAACUUGUCUCAAAUUCAGCAGGAGGUGAUUUCAUUUGAUGGAAACAGAACGGAUAAAAACUACAUGCGAUUGGAAGAACUUCUUACAAAACAACUUCUAGCACUUGAUGCUGUUGAUCCACAAGGUGACGAGCGGUGUAAGGCUGCCAGAAAGCAAGCGGUAAAGCUUGCGCAGAAUAUUCUUUACUAUCUGGACAUGAAAACAGAUGAAUGGGAAUACUGAAACAGCCAUGGCCUAACAUAGAAGAACAUUUUUUUCCUUUGGCACUUUAUGCAGAUCAUUGGCAGCACAUAAUAAAAGUGGUGUGUUCUGUGCUUGCUUAAACACGGAGAUUGCAUAAGCAGUUGACUUGGCUAUAUGUCUGCUAUCCCACACAGUCACCCACUUGCCAUGGCAACUGUCAGUAUACCAUCAGCAAUUCUGGUCAUUGCUAUAAGCAAAGAAGUGUGAUUCUCUGAAGGAAUAGCUUAAUACUUGAUCAAAUGGCUUCCUUUUUUCUUCUGUUCUUGUUCUAAUAACCUUGUGCAAUGUUCCGUGAAUACAGAUUUUUCAAAGAUGCAGAAACUUCCUUAUGAUACAGUACUGGCAAAACUAUUUAAAGAAGACUGGACAUGAAAAUUAGUAUUCAGGCAUGAGGCUCCAUCCAGCAACUUCACAGCAGUCUGGAUAUACUCUUAAUGUGCUGUUACGACAGAAAGUAUUAAAGGCAAAAAACUUGCUGCCUUUUGGGUUGUACUUGAUUUAUUCCAUCCAUCACACCUUUCUGGGUGUUUAGGUUUCUCAGUUAAUGGAGCUAUAAUGCCAACUGCAAAUUAGCAUUUACAUAGGCAAAGCCAGUUAUGUCUAUUUUUUGUAAUGUAUGAGCCCUUUGAUUUGCAAAAACAGGUCUUUUGUUGGUGGAAACUCUUUCAAAUUACUGCUUUAAGGUCCUGAGACUUGGAGAGGAAAAUCUGUACAUAUAUACUGACCAGAUAAAUCGGAAAGCCAAUCGUAUCCUGGGCUGCAUCAAAAGAAGCAUGGUCAGCAGGUUGAGGGAGGUGAUUCUACCCCUCAACUCUGCUCUCAUGAGACCCCACCUGGAGCACUGCGUUCAGCUCUGGGGCCCCAAACGUAAGAAGAACACGGACCUGUUGGAGCGAGUCCAGAGGAAGGCCACGAAGACGAUCAGAGGGCUGGAACACCUCUCCUGUGAGGGUAGGCUGAGAGAGUUGGGGUUGUUCACCCUGCAGAAGAGAAGGCUCCGGGGAGACCUUAUAGCAGCCUUCCAGUACCUAAAGGGGGCCUACAGGAAAGAUGGGGAGGAACUCUUCAUCAGGGAGUGUAGUGAUAGGAUAAGGGGUUACAGUUUUAAACUGAAAGAGGGUGGAUUUAGAUGUGAUAUUAGGAAGAAGUUCUUCACUGUGAGGGUGGUGAGAUGCUGGAACAGAUUGCCCGGAGAAGUUGUGGAUGCCCCCCUCCCUGGAAGUGUUCAAGGCCAGGCUGGAUGGGGCUUUGAGCAACCUGGUCUAGUGGAAGGUGUCCCUGCCCGUGGCAGGGGGGUUGGAACUAGAUGAUCUUUAAGGUGCCUUCCAACCCAAACCGUUCUGUGAUUUCGAGGGUUUCACACUGCCAUCCAUAAACCCCUGAAAACUGCACUGAACUUUAUUUAGUGGCUGCUUAGGUGUCUUUUUAAACUCUGUUGUUAGAUCUGGUUUUGACUUGUCUUUUCACAUUCGGUGAAAACAGAAACAGGAUUCACUUUGAAGUGAACGAGCAUUUUGGAAUUAUUUUUGUAAGAUUAGGUAGCCAGCUAUAAAGAUGUCCCUAAUGAUGUAAAUGCGUGUUAUAUAUUUCAUACUGGUCAGGUGUGGCUUCAAGCAUGUCUUGGAAAAGACUUGUGGCAAAUGUCUCUCCUUGCAACUCAUCACCUAAUUGUUUUAGUAACUUUGUAAAUAAGCUUGCUUGUACUAUUGUAUGCACCUACCUUUUUAUUUGUGGCUGCUAGUGCCAAUCACAUUUCUACUAUAGCAUGUUUUUUGGCAUUUUUUUGAGAGCAUGGCAUUAAAAUGAAUUAAUUAUAAAGAUAUAUUUAAUUAUGGAUACUUUGCACUUAGCUCUUUCAUGUUGAAUUAAUGAAUUAUUGUUCUAUAGAUGAUGAUUUGCACCACUUUAAGGAGUAAAAACCAUUUUGGAUGUUAAAAUAAAUAUUUUUAGAUCUAUUUUUGACUGAUUACAGAAGACAAUACUGUCUGUGAGAGACAAGUGCCUUUAUGACACCACUAACUUGCACCGUCAUAUGUAGAUAUAGGAACUGUUUACUGGCAGCUUGAUACAUUUGUAAUCUUUGCAAACUGGAUUUCUCACAUAUAUAUAAUUCUGCUAUAGUAUAUGUCAAAUUAACAUAAUACGAUAGGUGACAAUUGUUCUAUAGAGUCCUGAGAAUGAGUAUCAAAUUUGGGAAAUAUGGAUUCUGCUUAAAAACGAAUGCAUUGAUGUGGAGAUUGGGGACUUUGGGCAGGUCUUCUGUGCCUCUUGCUACAAGAAGGAGAGAAUAUGUUUGCUCCAUAACAUGCUUUGAGAUGUUGAUGAAAGGCUGUGUAACUUCAGAGUAUGAAUAUAUUUUGUUUGUGAUUGUACCGGUGAUUGCUUUGCAAAUUUACUUGCCAAAAAUGAUCUAUUUUUUCAAUUGAGUACAGUGCCUAAGGCAUAAUUUGGCAAUGACAGAAUGUUUGUUUGAUGAUUCUCUCUGCUCCUUCAGAGAUAUAAUCCUGUUGAAUUUAUCUCUCCUGACCUCAAAAAAAUCUUUUCCCCUAGUUAAAAUUCCAAUCUAUAUUUAUAUCUUAUGUGGCUAACACAGAAUAUUAAUAAUGUUACACACCUGAAUUAUUUUACUCAUUUCAAGCUUUCUACACAUUUGAACUGCAACUUCUGAUUUGCACUUACAUUUUUAGGAAAUAUAAGAAUUUGAUAGCAUAAUGAUAUUAGUCAUUUUUCUUUAGUAUAACUGUCAGGUCUGCAGUGGUUACUUGUAGUUUGUUUAACAAUUUAGUGUCCAUGUUCUUUGGAGGUUACAUGUAGCUUUAUAAAUGUUUGAACCUUUUACGUAAAAAUGAGUAAGUAUAGUUUUCAGAUCUGUUCUAUUUUAAAUUUGUAUGUCUUGUAGCUUUCAUGAAUGAAUUGUUACGCCUGUGUUUCUAAGAAGGCAAAUGUGUAAGGUUAGUGUAAUUUUGACUAACUGAGUACAGUUCAGUAGCAAGAUAUUAUGUGGAUUAAGCUUUUUUCCAUUGUUCUGUAAUCUAAUAAAUUGACUAUUUAAAUUUUAUGGUAAAAUCUUCAUCUGGAAUGGGAUUAAUUCACAGUUUUUGCAUGAAUGAAAGUAAUAAACUAAAUAUGCUUAACCAAAAAAAUAAUGCACAGAUUUCUCAAAAUCUUGCUUUUGUGCUGAAGAAUGUAAUUUCUCUUUUUUUUAUAUCCAAAGAUUGAGGGACACACAACUUUUCUUUCCAGUACGGCAGGCUAAAAUAAUCAGCAAAAUGUAAAUGGACCAAAUUGCAAAAGCCUGCAUAUCAGUACUAUACUGAAAUAUAAUAACUUUUCUGUGUGCUAUGUAAUCUACUUUUGAGCAAAAUAAAUGAUUGGAUAUUUGGGGGAGAGGUAAUCCUACAUUGUGAUUCCUAUUUGUCAAUUGUAUUUCUUUUUAAACUAGUUUUCUUUAGUUAUUUCAGUGUUUAUUUUUGUUGUUUACCAUUCAAAGUGGUUUUUCUAUGUCACCAGUUUGGAGGAGAUUUUUGUUAACUAUGAUUCCUACUUUUUCAACUUAACAGAAAUUAGUGUAUGUGCUCCUUAUAGUGUAUAUGUCUUGAUUUAUUGCUGUAUAGGAUAUGGCAUUUGUAGAUACAAAUUCAAGAUUAAAUAUUGCAGUGUUAUAUUCUUGAUUAUUAAUAAAAAUACAUUAAUACCUUUUACUAGGUAUUCAUUUGAAUGUUAUGCCCUGCUGCCUUUCUCUAUUUAUUUUUGAAUGUGAGUUAUCAGAAUGUAAAUGAUUUUUGUCUUAGAGAAAAUGUUUUUAUUAGACAUAAAGCUCCCUUUUUUUUCCCCUCCUUCUUUAAAAGUUUGCUUUUUCACUGCUGUAUUUAUGAAAAUAAAGUUCUUUGUGUGGAAACCA